UUUUUAUGGACAAAUAAUGAAGACGGAAUGCCUGCUGGCGGUAACAGUCGUUUUCGCGGUUACCCUGCGCGGAUGUCCGAACGUCAACAGUUAGCUCUUUUGCUGCAAAUUACUUCACAAGAAAUUGUGUCACCUGUGCCGGAGGCGAGUGCGAGUCCAAGGGCUAGAAAGAACAAAGGAAAUAAGUGGAAAAAUGGGGAUAGUGUUAACCGGAAGUCGGACUAUCGAAUAAAACGAAUCGAUAAUAAUUAUGAACAAAAUUCUAAUAAAGGAUCAAAUUCAGAGAGUGAGAAACUGAGAAUCGAAGAUCGAUUGAUAAUAAAUUACGCUGAGCAAAUCGAGGGACGAGAAACUGAAAACUGUAACGAGUUUACUGAUCAGGAAAAGCAGGACGAGCAGGAACAAGACGUUCUGAAGCAAAAGGAGCUAAGAUCCGAGGAAGAUACCAGACCCAGAGCUGGUGGAGAGAGUGGAGCCCCCUGUGAAAUGCGUAGAACACCACCUCAAAACAAAGUGGACAGAUCGGGAACCGGACAAUCCGGAAGCUCGCCACGUGUAACCCUGCGCAUAAACAACGUGCGUAGCGGAGCUAGGGAUGAAAAAAAAGGCAGCAGUACUCGCCCGAGCUUUAUAAACGCCUCGACAAGUCCGAUGGAUACCACCUCCAGUCCCAGUACCACCACCACUGCUCCCAGUAAUUCCUCCAGCAACACGAAUUCUACAAACUCGAACCCCAUAAACUCGAGUUCCAGUUCAAACUCAAAUCCUAAUUCCAGUUCCAACUCCAAUACCAACUCCAGCUCUAAUUCAAAUCCUAAUCCCAACCCAAAUUCCAACACCAACACCAGCAACAAGUUAACGUCUUCCUCAGCUGCCUCGGCAUCGUCAACUGCCACGACAACAACUAGCUCUGCUGCUUCCAUUACAUCAGCGAGCUCGUCAUCAGCAACACCAGCAAAUGUCUCUCCAGAUACCACUGACGUCUAUGAGUUCAAAAGCUCCAAAGAACCGACUCCUGUUCGCGGUUCCAGUUCUUCACCUAAUCCUCCUGGGGAUAAAGAUAAAAUAAAUACUAAUAAUAAUAACAAUAAUAAUAAUAAUAAUAGCAGCAGCAGCAGUAGUAGUGGCAGUUCUACUGCUACUUCUACGACUACGACCACCACCAACACUACUGCUAAUAAUAAUAGUAGCACUAAUAAUAAUAAUAGUAGUAAUAGUGCGAUUCCGUCGUCAAAUAUUUCUGGAAGCGCAACUGGAGCACCAGCUACUGACUCAAGUGCAUCCACUGGAGCUGCUGAAUUAAUUACGACAGGUUCCCCAUCCUCGAAACGAAGUUACGAAGACACUGAUGACCAGGAUGAAGAAAUAAAACGCAAGAAGCGCAAAGAAGUUGAUCCUAAAGAAGGAAAUAAAAGUACUCCGGGUAGACAGAGUACUGGACGUGCUGCUGGUGAUAAGUUUGACAAGGUGAGCACAAGCGUAACCGCGUCAUUUGUUGAACAGUGUGUAAAAACAGGCAAGCAGACUUCCUCAGCAACAUCAUCAGCUUCAGCAUCUGCGUCCGCUAACAAGAAUCAGAGUUCUGGGUCAGCAUCCUCAGCAGCAGCGACCGCUGGUGACCGUAAAAGUCCAAGUUCGACGGCCGCUAGCAGCCCGAAGCCUGCCGGUAACUCUGCCAGUAGCAAAGCUGGAGAUUCCGACGGUGACGAAGACCGGGGUAAGGGUUCAGAAGGCGCUGCGCCCAAAGUGCCGCCUUUGAAGAUCGUGAUACCCCAGAGUACCGCUGAGCAGGAACAGGGAGCACGUAAUGGUAAAAACACUUCGACUCGCGGUCAUCAACUGCCGUAUGUCGUUCCCAGUUCAAACAGCAGUGACUCCAAUGACAAAGAUUCCGCCCCUGCUGGUGGUCCUGCAGGUGGCACUACCAGUCCCACAGAAGCUGUCAAGACUGAGGACAAAAAAGAUUUCGCCGGUGCCAUUCACAAUGAGGAGAGAUCGACUCACCAUCAAAGAGUUCUGAGAAGUUCCCACAGAAGCGGAAACGGGAACGGAACAUCCAAGGAUUCAGCCCAGUAUUCAAACUCGUCCCCUCUGGCAACCGAUCGCUCAAACAAUUCAUCCCCUCAAGCGCGUCACACUUCUCCCACCCCCGAAACAAACACGGAAACAAAGCCCGUGAUUACUGAAGUCGCGUCCUCUAACCCAAAGUCAUCAUCGACGAGCAGGGAAGCCGAUAAACCGGACAAAAGCGACAUCAAAGUAAAAGAUGAACCUACGGAAUCAACUUCGGCAUCAUCGGCUACCACUCCCGCAGCCCCGACUCCCACAGCGACAGAACUGCAUCCUCGUAAACGCAAAAUGAAGCCCAAGGAAGCUGCCGCUGCGGCUUCGACAGCCGAAUCCUCGGAAGCCAACAGCACCGGCACUGAAGUUCAUCCUCACGAUCAGCCGAUAACGAAUUGCUACCAACUGUUUCUGAGUAUCCGCAAACAAAUUGAAAGACGGCGCAAAGGUUUGUUUCCGGUACAGCCGAAACCUCCUCAGGGAUUCAAGGACUACCUGAUGAACCGGUGCACUUACGUCCUGGCUGGCAAUGCCAACAAUGAGCCCAAUGUCAAGCCUCCGAUCGCCCUCUCCGAGCCCAUGAAAACGCUUUUCUUAAAGCAGGAAAGUGAGCGGUACCGUCUUCGCAUGCAACAUGUCGUCGAAAAAGAAAAGUUGGUCCUGUCAGUAGAGCAGGAAAUUUUAAGAGUUCAUGGACGGGCAGCCAGAGCGCUUGCUAACCAGGAAUUACCUUUUUCUGCCUGUACUAUUUUAAAAGAUGAAGAAGUCUACAAUGUUAUUACUCCAGAGCAGGAAGAAAAAGAUCGUAAUUUAAGGAGUAGAUACAAUGGAAGAUUAUUUCUGAGCUGGCUUCAGGAUGUUGAUGAUAAGUGGGAAAAAAUCAAGGAGUCCAUGUUACUGAGACACCACAAUGAGGCUGAGUCAUUACACGCAGUACAAAAAAUGGAUUGGGAAUGGAAACUAAAAGAAGUUGGUCUGUGCGAAGUUAAAGUACAGCCACAGAUUGAUGACUCUCAUGUGCCAAUGGUUCAUGUUUCUGAUGACUUUGAUCUUCUUCCCGCUUAAAAUUACCAACGACAUUUAUCAUCAAUUACAAUCAUCAUCACACUUAAUUAUAAUUAAAAUUUCUAAUAUAAUUUUUCUUUAAAGUUGAAACUGUGAUCGUCGACUUUUUUAGGGUAUAAAUUAUUAUCAAUUUUUUGAUAGCUUGUAUCAAAAUACUUAAAUUUUGAACAAUAAUUGUAAAAUAUAAGCUGUAAAUACUUUCUUUUUUAGAAAAUUUAAAUAAUAAAGUUAUUUAACAA